CGCCAGGUCUCGGCACCGCCCCUCAGAACGCGUAGCACCUCGCGGAGCCGGCAGGUCCCGGCGCUGCGGCUGCGGUCCGCUCCCGGGCGUAGCGGGCUUUGGUGUGCUUAGCUCCCGUCAGUGCCAUGAUCCGGCAAGAGCUCUCCACAUCCUACCAGGAGCUGAGUGAGGAGUUGGAUCAGGUGGUUGAGAACUCAGAGCGGGCAGACGAGCAGGAAAAGGAGGCAGUCAGAGUCCAGAGUUCAGGAAUCUUACCAGCCCUCGACAGCGAGUCUGCAACCAGCAGCAUCCGCUUCAGCAAGGCCUGCCUGAAGAACGUCUUCUCGGUCCUGCUCAUCUUCAUCUACCUGCUGCUCAUGGCCGUGGCCGUCUUCCUGGUUUACCAGACCAUCACAGACUUCCGAGAGAAACUCAAGCACCCCGUCAUGUCUGUGUCGUAUAAGGAAGUGGACCUGUACGACGCCCCAGGGAUUGCCCUGUACCCCGGUCAGGCCCAGCUGCUCAGCUGUAAGCACCAUUACGAGGUCAUCCCGCCUCUGAGGAGCCCGGGCCGGCCGGGAGAUGUGAACUGCACCACCCAGAGGAUCAACUACACAGACCCUUUCUCCAACCAGACCCUGAAAUCCGCCCUGAUCGUGCGGGGGCCGCGGGAAGUGAAGAAGCGGGAGCUGGUCUUCCUCCAGUUCCGCCUGAACCAGAGUAGCGAGGACUUCAGCGCCAUCGAUUACCUCCUCUUCUCCUCCUUCCAGGAGUUCCUGCACAGCCCAGACAGGGUGGGCUUCAUGCAGGCCUGUGAGAGCGCCUCUUCCAGCUGGAAGUUCUCCGGGGGCUUCCGGACCUGGGUCAAGAUGUCCCUGGUGGAGACCAAGGAGGAAGACGGGCGAGAAGCAGUGGAAUUCCGGCAGGAGACGAGUGUGGUCAACUACAUUGACCAAAGGCCGGCCGCCGAAAAAAGUGCCCAGCUGUUUUUUGUGGUCUUUGAAUGGAAAGAUCCUUUCAUCCAGAAAGUGCAAGAUAUAAUCACAGCCAAUCCUUGGAACACAAUUGCUCUUCUCUGUGGGGCCUUCUUGGCAUUAUUUAAAGCAGCAGAGUUUGCCAAACUGAGUGUGAAGUGGAUGAUCAAAAUUAGGAAGAGAUACCUUAAAAAAAGAGGUCAGGCCACGAACCACAUAAGCUGAAGUCACCUUGUCCAUGGAACUGCCCACGUUAAUGGAGGUUCUCACCACUUCCACUUUGAUAAACUGAGCUACCAGCCCUCCUGAACUCACCUGGAGAGAUGGCCCUGCUGGGAGGAGCCGCUGGGGAACAGAUCCAGUGGAUAACCUACAAGUUAUUUAAGCACUUAAAUUAUUAAGGAAGUUUUGCCUAGGACACAUGAAUAGGGUUUGUGGAAGAUGGAACUAGGGCUGGUUUCUGAAGGUUUGUCGACUCUGCCUUUCUUUCUGGUUUGGUAUAUAGCUCAGCUACAACAGGCUGUUAAGGCUCUGUGUUUGCCUUGGGCUUUCCCCCCGAGGUUUUUAAGUGGAUGGACAAGGGUGUGCCUAUCGAGAUGUGUGGGUCACGCUUUGAAACCUGAGCACUUUACACAAGGAAAGACAAACACCCUUAUGUCUCUGGCAUCUCUGCUGUUCCCAUCGUCUGGCCUCUGACAAGUUUUCUCCUUUGUUAAAUGUUAAAUGAGACCUUUAAAGCUAAUACUAUAAUUAGAUUUCCUGUGGACUCACUAGCCAUCUCUCUGGUUAGAGUUUUUGUUGAUGCAGGUAUGAGAGUUUAGAGUGAUUAACACGCAAAAGCACUAGUGUGAAUGUAUAGAGUUAGGUGCCUAUUCAAUGUAUUUUGAUGAUUUCACUAACAGGUAAAUAAAAGUAAGGUUAAUACAAAAGGAA